AUGAGACUCCGCAAAGCCGCCCGCGUCAUUCUCGUCGGUGCCCCCGGUGUUGGAAAAGGAACGCAGUCUGAACGCCUUCUUCAACGGUUUCCGCAGCUCCAGUCUGUUAGCACGGGCGACCUUCUCCGCAAUAAUGUCAAGCUCCGGACCCCUCUCGGUAUCAAGGUCGAGAAGACCAUGAAGUCGGGCGGCCUCGUAGCCGAUGACUUGAUUAUGCGCCUCAUCUCUAACGAGAUGUACAAGAACGGCUGGCUCGUCAACCGCGGCCGCCCCCAGGUCAUGACCCUGGCCUCCUCAGCUGCCACAGUCGACGCCUUCUACGAGGAGCAGCUUGACGACUUCGUCACCGCUUCAGGCGCUCUGGAGAGCCACAGCCCACCCGAGGCUUCGGAGGACCCCUCGGCAUCCUUCAUCUUGGACGGCUUCCCGCGCACCGCGCCCCAGGCCGCGACUUGCGACAAGCUGAUCCCCAUCAACCUCGUCGUCUCCCUCAAGACGCCUUUCCACGUCAUCAUGGAGCGCAUCUCCGGCCGCUGGGUCCACGAGCCCUCCGGCCGUGUGUACAACACCACCUUCAACGCUCCCAUGGUGCCCGGCAAGGACGACGUCACCGGGGAGCCCCUUACCCAGCGUCCGGACGACACCGAGGCCGUCUACAAGGAGCGCUUCCGCAAGUUCCAGGAGACUAGCGAGCCCCUGUUGGAGCACUACGCCAAGAAGGGCGUCCUCUGGGAGGUCGAGGGCAUGAGCAGCGACGACAUCAGCCCCCUGCUCUUCGAUGAGUUUGAGAGGCGCUUCGUUCAUUGA